CACAAACACACAACACACCCCACACUACUCUUUCAUUCAUUCAUCUUCAAUUCAUCAAAAACAAUCAUGGGUUGUUUCAAAAACUUAAUAACUUUCAUGUUAUUAAUUUCCAUAUUAGUUACAUUAAGUGAAGGUAGAGUACCCUUUGCAUGUGACCCAAAAAAUGGCUUAACAAGAAGCUACAAAUUUUGCAAUACAAGAGUACCAAUUCAUGCAAGGGUACAAGACCUUAUAGGAAGACUUGCAUUACCUGAAAAGAUAAGGCUUGUUGUGAACAAUGCAAUUGCUGUUCCAAGACUUGGAAUACAAGGUUAUGAGUGGUGGUCGGAAGCUUUACAUGGUGUUUCUAAUGUGGGCCCAGGUACUAAAUUUGGUGGGGCCUUCUCCGCCGCCACUAGCUUCCCUCAAGUUAUCACCACCGCUGCUUCUUUCAAUCAAUCUUUGUGGCUUGAAAUUGGACGGAUUGUGUCUGAUGAAGCAAGAGCAAUGUACAAUGGUGGAGCUGCAGGGUUGACUUUUUGGAGUCCUAAUGUGAAUAUUUUCCGUGAUCCACGGUGGGGCCGUGGCCAAGAGACACCCGGUGAAGAUCCCACUGUGGCCGGAAAAUAUGCCGCCAGUUAUGUUCAAGGAUUACAAGGCAACGGUGCCGGAAACCGGCUCAAGGUUGCUGCUUGUUGUAAACAUUACACUGCCUAUGAUCUUGAUAACUGGAAUGGUGUAGAUAGGUUCCAUUUCAAUGCCAAGGUGAGUAAACAAGAUUUGGCAGACACAUAUGAUGUUCCGUUCAAAGCAUGCGUUAGGGAUGGGAAGGUGGCGAGUGUAAUGUGUUCCUACAAUCAAGUCAAUGGCAAGCCUACUUGUGCUGAUCCCGAACUCCUUCGUAACACCAUCCGCGGUGAAUGGGGCCUUAAUGGGUACAUAGUUUCGGAUUGUGACUCAGUUGGAGUUUUAUACGACAACCAACACUACACAAGAACACCUGAACAAGCAGCAGCCGCAGCGAUUAAAGCGGGCCUGGACCUUGAUUGUGGCCCAUUUUUAGCCCUACAUACCGAUGGUGCUAUUAAGCAAGGGCUUAUUUCAGAAAAUGAUCUUAACCUUGCUUUAGCUAACCUUAUUACAGUCCAAAUGAGAUUAGGCAUGUUUGAUGGUGAUGCCCAACCAUAUGGUAAUUUAGGCACAAGAGAUGUUUGCUUACCAUCCCAUAAUGAUGUUGCACUUGAGGCAGCUAGACAGGGUAUUGUCCUUCUACAAAACAAAGGAAAUGCAUUGCCAUUAUCCCCUACAAGAUACCGCACUGUAGGAGUCAUUGGUCCCAAUUCUGAUGUUACUGUUACCAUGAUAGGAAACUAUGCUGGUAUUGCUUGUGGUUAUACGACGCCGUUGCAGGGGAUUGCCAGAUAUGUGAAAACCAUUCAUCAAGCAGGAUGUAAGGAUGUGGGUUGUGGUGGAAAUCAAUUAUUUGGGCUUUCAGAGCAAGUAGCAAGACAAGCUGAUGCAACCGUAUUAGUAAUGGGCUUAGACCAGUCCAUAGAAGCAGAAUUUAGAGACAGGACUGGGCUUCUUUUACCAGGCCACCAACAAGAGCUAGUGUCUAGAGUAGCUAGGGCUGCAAGAGGCCCAGUUAUCUUGGUACUCAUGUCUGGUGGGCCUAUUGAUGUUACAUUUGCCAAAAAUGAUCCCAAGAUUAGUGCAAUUUUGUGGGUUGGUUAUCCUGGUCAAUCUGGUGGCACUGCCAUUGCUGAUGUUAUCUUUGGUAGAACUAAUCCAAGUGGAAGGUUACCCAAUACGUGGUACCCACAAGACUAUGUAAGGAAAGUACCAAUGACAAACAUGGAUAUGCGUGCAAAUCCAGCAACAGGGUAUCCAGGUAGAACCUAUAGAUUCUACAAGGGCCCUGUAGUAUUCCCAUUUGGGCAUGGGCUAAGUUACUCAAGAUUCACACAUUCCUUAGCACUUGCACCCAAACAAGUUUCAGUCCAAUUUACAACCCCUUUGACUCAAGCCUUCACAAACUCAAGUAACAAAGCAAUGAAAGUGAGUCAUGCAAAUUGUGAUGAAUUGGAAGUAGGAUUUCACGUGGAUGUGAAAAAUGAAGGAUCAAUGGAUGGGGCCCACACACUUCUAGUUUACUCUAAAGCACCUAAUGGUGUUAAACAAUUGGUGAAUUUUCAUAAGACUUAUGUUCCUGCUGGAUCAAAGACACGUGUUAAGGUUGGUGUUCAUGUUUGUAACCACCUUUCUGCUGUGGAUGAGUUUGGGGUUCGAAGAAUCCCAAUGGGUGAACAUGAACUUCAAAUUGGUGAUCUCAAACAUUCUAUUUUGGUUCAAACUUUGGACCAAAUUAAACAUUAAGUGUCAAAAAAAUUGACAUAUACAAAAAAGUUUUACAAUAUUUUUACUAAUGAUGAUUCCUUAAGUGAGUUUACAUUACAUAGAAUAAAAUUCAGAACAAGAAUUUUGAAUUUAUGCAAAAUGUAAAAUAAGAAUAGAGGUUGGAUUAUAUUUGUAUGUCAAUUUAUAUAGUGCCACAACAAUGUACCAUUCUUGCUACAAAUGUAAAAUAGGGAAAUGUAUGUGACAUCCUUGUAAAAUAGUCACUGACAAGUGUCCCAUUGGCACUUUAUAUGUUGUUGAAAAAGUUUUUGAACAAAGUUGGAAGUUUUUACUAUAA